AUGCAGAAACAAAAAAAUUUAUGCUUACCCAUGGAACAAAUUGAAUCUAAGAUACGCAGCAUGGAUUCGGAUUUAUCUGAAAAGUUCGUCGUUACGGCAUGUGAAGACUCUCUUGUGCGUCUUUUCACCAUUAAAGACAGAAAUAUGGAGUUUCUUACUGAACUCACAGGACAUACUGGUGUUGUAACAAAGGCGGUUUUUAUAAAUCAAGGAGAGCUGAUCGCAAGCAGUGAUUUUAGUGGAAAGCUCAUUGUUUGGAAGCUCGAAGGGCAUUCUUUUGUGAAGAGAUCAGAAACAAAAGUGUCUAAUGGACCUAUCUAUGACAUUGCAGUGAGGUACACUGACAGUUCUUUUACAAUAUUCUGUGGAUGUGAUAAUGGAAUAUUGAGGACUGUAGUCUUUGAUAAUAAUUUCAAAGCAACAGUAACUGAACAAGAAAUUCACCGAUAUGGCAUUAUUACUGUUAGCUGCAAUCUACAUUUUGUAGCAACAGGUGGAUUGGACUGUACGGCAGCCUUAAUUUCAAAAGAUAACAUUGAAUACUUAAAACAUCAUCAAGGUGCUGUAAAUUCAGUUGCAUUAGCGCCAACUGAUGAUGAAAAACACACAAUCUUAGCAACUUGUUCAGAGGAUGGCAAAUUGGCCUUCAUUUUCAAGGAAGAUGAUAGCAUAAGAACUCAGGAAAUCAAGCUUAAAGAGCCAUGCUAUUCUCUUGAUUGGAGUAAAACAGGAUUUGUUCUUACAGUUGGAUACGGAUCUGAAGAAUUCAAAAGUUACAUUCAAGGUGAAAAUGGUGAAUACGAAGAAGUUCCAAUGAAAAAGGUUGAAGAGUAA